AUGGAAAACAUUGCCGCGCAAUUGAAGCGCGGCAUCUCGCGCCAAUUCUCCUCCGGUUCGUUACGGAAGACGUUAAGCCGACAAUUCACGCGUCAGGCUUCGCUCGAUCCGCGCCGGAAUAAUCUCCGGUUUAGCUUCGGUCGUCAAUCUUCGCUUGAUCCGAUCCGGCGGAGUACUAGCGAAGAUCAGGCUGAACUCACCGUGCCGGAGAAUCUUGACUCCACCAUGCAGCUUCUCUUUAUGGCUUGCCGUGGUGACGUUAAAGGUGUGGAGGAUUUGCUUAACGAAGGCAUCGAUGUUAAUAGCAUUGAUCUCGAUGGUCGUACUGCUCUACAUGUCGCCGCCUGCGAAGGUCACGUCGAAGUUGCUAAAUUAUUGCUCAGCCGUAAGGCUAACCUCGACGCUCGUGAUCGUUGGGGCAGUACGGCUGCUGCUGAUGCUAAAUAUUAUGGAAAUACAGAAGUUUAUUAUAUGUUGAAGGCACGUGGAGCAAAAGUGCCGAAAACCAGGAAGACUCCAAUGACUGUUGCGAAUCCUCGUGAAGUUCCCGAAUAUGAACUCAAUCCAUUAGAACUACAGGUUCGGAAGAGUGAUGGUAUUUCAACGGGGACAUAUCAAGUUGCUAAGUGGAAUGGCACAAAGGUUGCAGUGAAGAUACUUGAUAAAGACAGUUAUUCAGAUCCUGAUACAAUAAAUGUUUUCAAACAUGAGCUCACAUUAUUGGAAAAGGUGCGUCAUCCUAAUGUGGUCCAAUUUGUUGGAGCUGUCACCCAAAACAUACCUAUGAUGAUUGUUCGAGAGUACCAUGCUAAGGGUGACUUAACAGGUUAUAUUCAAAAGAAAGGGCGUUUGUCCCCAUCAAAAGUUCUACGGUUUUCUCUUGAUAUUGCUAGGGGCAUGAAUUAUCUUCACGAAUGCAAACCAGAUCCUAUUAUCCACUGUGAUUUAAAGCCAAAAAAUAUUUUGCUGGAUAAUGGAGGGCAAUUGAAGGUAGCUGGAUUUGGCACUGUGAGGUUUUCACUUAUCUCACAUGACAAAGCAAUGCUAGUACAGCCCGAGGCCAACAUUGAUCCUUCAAGCUUAUACGUGGCACCGGAGAUUUACAAUGGUAAUGUGUUUGAUAGAAGUGUGGAUGCAUAUGCUUUUGGUCUCAUUGUAUAUGAGAUGAUAGAGGGUGUACCAGCCUUCCAUCCCAAACCCGCAGAGGAAGUUUUGAAACUUAUGUGUUUAGAAGGGAAGAGACCGCAAUUCAAAAUCAAAACAAAAAGUUAUCCUCCCGAUUUGAAAGAGUUGAUUGAGGAAUGUUGGGAUCCAGAACCUGUUGUCAGACCAACUUUUUCUCAGGUUAUUGCCCGGUUGGACAGAAUUGUUGCAAAUUGCUCAAAACAAGGAUGGUGGAAAGAUACUUUUAAACUUCCUUGGAAAUAA